GUCACAGAGGAAGCUAGCAGCAGAUAGCCGCUUCUGAACCGCAGGUUUAUCACCUUUAACGGACAAAUAUUAACUGUUUUUUUAUCGGAACAUCUUCACUAAGCCUAACCAGAGCGGUGCUGCGUUCAGGGUCCGGAACCAGAGCGGUGCUGCGUUCAGGGUCCGGAACCAGAGCGGUGCUGCGUUCAGGGUCCGGAACCAGAGCGGUGCUGCGUUCAGGGUCCGGAACCAGAGUGGUGCUGUGUUCAGGGACCUCAGAGCUCUUUGAUUGGCUGGGAGCAGGAUGUGUGCGGUGUCCCUCUGAUUAGAAACGUCUCCAGAACCGGGCCAUGUCGCGGCACAGCAAGCUGCAGAAGCAGGUCCUGGCUCUGUACCGCCACUUCCUGCGGGCCGGGAAGGACAAACCGGGUUUCCUGCCCAGAAUCCGGGACGAGUUCCGGGAGAACGCGCGCAUCAAGAAGACGGACGUGAUGCACAUUGAGUACCUGUACCGCCGCGGCCAGCGGCAGCUGCAGCAGCUUCAGGACGCCAACACCAAGCAGCUGGGUUCCUUCUCCAGAGGCAGCGAGCCAGGCUGACCACCAGAACCACCGACCGGACCAGCAAAACCACCAGAACCAUGUGAAAAACACCUCACUGACUGGACCAGAACCUGCACACAACAUGAAGCCUGCUACUGUAAAAGAAACUUUUCUCUGUUACUCAGUAAAACAUUUAACCAGAUUCAUCAGAAUCUGGUUCUGGAAGGAAUGUGGUUCCUGCUGUGUGCCGAGUCAGCGUCGCAUCCAGUCGCUUCAUCGUCUGAUUUAUUAUAACAGAAGAUCAAAAAUGAGAAAAAAAAACUUGAUUCUGUUGGAACAGAUUCAUCAGAACCAUCAGCUGGUUAUUUGGUUCUGGUUCUGAUAUUUAACCAGUAAAAUUUCUGAUAAUCUGAAAUCAGCUUAGAUAUUAAAUAAGUGACCUUGUCAUCUGGUAAUAUUUCCAGAUUCAUGGGAUGGAGGUCUGUGACUUCAGCUACAUACUCUGUGUAAUAAAAUAUUGAUGAUUUAUGGUUAUUAAAUAAUAAUAUACUGAGAGAAAAAUAAAA